CUUAUGUCAACAAACCUCUGGCCACUGGCCACUGUGAGCUGUUUGCCCUGGUUUGCUCACCGAGGUCCAUUUCAUUGUUAAUGAAGACGAGAAGAGGACUGAACCCGUCUGGUCAGGGGGCUGGGCCUUUCUUCCUGUCUGAGCUGCUGCCUCUGCAGUGUCCAGUAGUAAACAGCCGGAGGAAGCUGUGAUCUUGAAGUCAGGUGAGCUGAAAAGUCCCCCUCCCCAAGCAUUUAUGCUGCGUAAAAUAAGGCAGAUUUUUUGGCUUCACGUCCCAAAAUGGAUGCCCACCUUUCAAGCACAGAAAGAGGAGCCUAGAGUGUGAGGGGUCGCUCAAUUCUUCAUGGAGGGCCAGAUGAAACAACCACAGCCUACUAGCCACAAUGAAUGUGUGUGUGGUGUGUGUGUGUGUGUGAGAGAGAGAGAGAGAGAGAGCGCGCGCGAGAGAGAGAGCGCAUCUUUAUUUCGUCAUGCAGUCCCCUGCCAAUUCAUGUGGGGCAACUCCAGGUACUUGUGGGUCUGUUUCAGUGCAAACAGCCUGAGGGCAGCUUCCCUUGACCCUCCUCAAUGGUCUGCAUUUCCACCAGUAGGUUUCCCUCCGAUUUGCCAAAGAUCCAGCCUUCACUCAAUUGCAAUUUAGCUCUGCUUCCUUCCAAAUCUCUCUCUCUCUUUCUGUUUGAGUGCAGUGCAUGAUGAGUUCUGGAGCGGAGUGAUUCUGAAAUAAUGAACCUUUGGUCUUUCACUUUAGGAAGAUGAAGCAACUUGUGAUUAUUCUGCUGUGUGCGUUUGUGUUUCCAGAAGGCCAACGGUGCGGUAAGUGUGUGGGUCCCUUGGUGAAAUAAUAGCCAGUAAUAGGCGAAUGAGCUUCAAAAAAUCAGGCCAAGUUCAAAUUGUUACUAUUAGUAUUAGUGUGGUAGCCCCUACACUUCGGAACUUCCUGCCUAUUGAUAUCACAAAAGUGCCUUCACUAUAUUCCUUUUGCUACCUGCUAAAAACAUUUUUGUUUAGAGAAGGCUACCCAGAUGUUUAGAAAGUUGAUGGGAGUUUUAAUCUGUUUUUGGCCUAUUGUUAUUUUAACUUUUUUUUUUUAAAAUGAUAUUUAUUGGGGGAAAAAAAUUUUUUAAAUUACACAAAAAAAAGACAAGACAGAAAAAUAAAAAAAUAAAAUAAAACCAUCAUUCUCAAGUUCUCCACUUUCAAUACCUUCUUUCUUUGACCUCCUCCUCCUCCCUUUCUUGUAUCCUGAUUAAUAAUAAUCGCAGCAAAUCCUUUCCAUAUUUCAUAGUAUUCUGUCAUUACAUUACCUUACUCUAUUUUCAUCUUAUCUUAUAGAAAACCUUAAAGUUUAAAACUUAAAUCUUAUUUUUACCAACUUCUCCUAGCCAUAACAUUCUUACCAAAUUCUUUAAACAUUUUUACAAGAGCCAAGUAAUUUCAUUUCAACAUUUUUCUAGCAUUCAUCAAUUUUAUAGAACAAUCCUAAUGAUAAAAAAAAAGAUAAACAAUCCAAUCUUCAUCCAGCGUCCCUUCCUCCUGGUCCCGGGUUUUGUCAGUUGUUAUUUUAACUUUUUGAAAGUCUUGAAUUGUUAAUUUUUCUUAUUGAUAAUUUUACUGGGUUUUUUUUUUUGUAAACCACCCAGGGGUUGUUUUUUUUUUACCACCAAGCAAUGUAUAAAUGCAGUGCUUUUUUCUAAAAAAAAAAUGUUUAGGAAUACUCUCAUUUUGACUCAAUAAAAUCACCAUUUUAUAGUUCAAAUCAGGAAAAAUAAAUACAGUGAAUGGACACUGCGUACCCCCAGAAAAAAGCACUGUAUAAAUAUGUAUACAUUUGAUGAAAUUAAUAAUUAAAACGCAAUAAAAUAAAUGGAAAUUGAAUCCUGACCAAACAAAGGACCAUUGAGUAGAUUAUAAUAUACGGUAUAAUAAUAUACAUAUAAUGGUCUUAAAAUAAAUAUGGCUGCUUUAACCCGGAGGCUUGUGUGGCAGUUGAAUGAGACCUUUGGAAAGAAAUUCACAGGUUCUGGCUGCGUAUGCAAGACCUUUGAUUCUAUGCUCAGUGCAGACCUGAGUACUUGCUUUUUCAACAUAAUCCACACAGCAUCUAGAUCUGUUGCUUAUUUUUUUGCUGCCGAAAUGCACUUAUUGAGAAAACGGUUUCAUUCUGAAAACAGAAAGCUUGUUGCAUGUUGAUUUGGCAUUACCCUGCAGUGUGUUCUUUUGAAUAGUUUCAAAAUGUUUUUCUUUUCAUUUAAUUUCUGUGUUUGUGUUGUUGUUGUAAAAAACCCACUUUGGUGUUUGCCACCCUUUGGGAGCAAAAGCAGGAUAGGCAUUUAGUAAUUAAAUAAAACCAUGUGUUCUGAUCACCUGGCUCCAACCAGCAGCUGGGAAAUCACAUUUUUGCCCCAGUUCAAGUUUCUGAACCAUCUUCAAAGGCAGCCCCAGGCUAAGUACAUUACAGCAGUCUAGCCUGGAAUAUCCUAGUGCAUCUGUGUCCAAGAUCCUUCUUCUCCAGAAAGGAGAACUAUGUAGAAUCUGCAUAAAAGUGUAGAUGUAACCAUACUCUCCCUCUCUCCUCCCACCCUUUCUGCUUUGUUUAAAAAGCAAGUGUUCUGGUUCCACUUCGUGUGACCCUUAUUUUAUUGCAUCUGCACCCCACCUUCUUCUCGAAGGAGUUUUAAGGAGGCAACCAUGGUUCUCCCCUCCCUCAUUUAAUCCCCACAACAACCCUGCGAGGCAGAGAGGCAGUCACACCCAGCAAGCAUUAUGAUGGCCAAGUGGGGAUUUGAACCCUGGUCUCUCCCAGGUCCUAGCAGUCCAAAGCUCUAACCGUUAAACCACCACUGGCCUCCCUCGCUUGCGGGUUUCCGACCCACUAGUUGAAGACCAGGGCCCUGAUGAAUUUAUUCUGUGCAGAGAGCAAUGGCUGUGUCACUUCCUUGAAGCGAGACAUCCUCAAGCUGAUGGUCAAGUGGGAAGAUGCAACCUGUCUCCAGAACCAUCAAGGUCUGCCCCCGAAUCUCCUUCAGUCUCUGCCCCGAAGCUGCAUGGAAAUCAAAACAGCACUGGAAGGAGCCACAGGUGGGUGAGUCGGGAAAGGGGCAUGUUCGGUCCAGAACUUCUAGGGGGUGCGAUGAGCUGACUGCAACGGCCACAAGGUAAGUUCUGCAUGUCUCUGCCCAUGUGACCAUUAUGGCGGGGCCUUGAGCUGGCUGUUGUGGACAGGAAUCAAAGUGAUUCCAAACUAUGCGGGGAUGGCUCUUGUUAGUGAAAUUCUACUCAGUGUUGAUCCAGAAUAGAUUCCAGUGUAUAGUUAGCAGAGUAAAAACUUAAACACGUUGCAGGAUUACCCAAAAAUAGACCAGAGGCAAUUAAUAUUUUAUCCAUCAGAGCUUUACUGAAGACAAAUGAAAUCCAGUUGCAGCAGACGUAACUUAAACUUACAAUAACGUAGAAGUCUAAACCUUAACACUAAGCAUACUAUGUGCCACACCAGAAGGAAGAGAGGUAGAAAGAUAAACCCAGGCUCCUUCUGCCCUUACUAUUAUAGUCAGCAUGACCUUGACAGAAGAGAUAAGAGAACUAGUUUAAACCAGCUGUACUCAGCUUCUCUGAAGGAAUAACCCAAACAACAUGAACCUUCAACUUGUUUCUUUCACACAAAGAAGCUUCUAGAACCCUCUUCAAUUAAUUAGAAUAGGAAAGAUCUCUACACAUCAGAUCAAUACUUUCUGCACUAAGAAAUGCAAACUAACAGGUUUGUGCCCCACAUAUGGUGAAACUGAGAACAGCAAAUACAGGCACCCCUCCUCUUUAGCGGCUGAAAUUGCGCAAGUCAAAUGUGUGCAGAAUGGGGGGUUAUUGUGUAAGAAAUAUCCAUCUCUAACCACUGCUGCCGCUGCCUAUGAUAUUAUUGUAAUAUUGUAUAUUUUAUUUGUGAAUGAGAGGGCUAUUGAUGGCUGUGCUCAUGUCUCCACAGUUGGAGACUACAGGAGAGGGCUCUUGCGCUCGGAUCCUGCUUGCUGGCUUCCCACAGGCAUCUGUUUGGCCGCUGUGAGAACAGGAUGCUGGACUGGAUGGGCCUGAUCAGGCAGGGCUCUCCUGAUAUCCUGGUUUCCUCUUGCAGAUGGGCUGUAUGACUUGGCCACAGAAGAUGGCGAGGUUUACCAAACCUUCUGCGACAUGACCACGAAUGGAGGCGGUUGGACACUAGUGGCCAGUAUCCACGAGAACAACAUUUAUGGGAAAUGCACCCAGGGAGACCGCUGGUCUAGCCAGCAGGGCAAUGACGCCAAAUGGCCUAAUGGAGAAGGCAACUGGUCCAACAACGCCACCUUCGGGUCAGCAAAGGGCUGCACAAGCGAUGAUUACAAGGUCAGCUUUGCUUUCCGUACUGCACAUGGUGGGUUUUCUUGAUUAGGAAGCGUAGGCAACAUAGGUUGUGUUUGAAUAUAAAUCCUAAACCAGAGUUUUGCACCAAACGAGUGUAAGUCUUGGGCUUUUGCACUCUUCCUUGAUUUCACCUUUCCCACAAUGUGGUUGGAACCAUUUGCUUCCGUUUUCCAGCUAACCAGUUUGUCAUUUCGCCCCCCAGGGUGGGACAAACUGUGGUUAGUUUAAACUGGGAACGGAGUAGAAAUAUGGGUCUGCAUUUUGAAGUGAACUGACCUCAUCAGCUGGGCUUGGACUUACAUGUGGAUUAGAAGACAGCUAACAAAAAUGCAGACACAAUGUGUAUUUUGCGUGGCCAGGUGGAGACCCCCCCCCUCGACCCUCAUGACAACGUGUUAUGGGAUUAAAAUUGGCCACAACUUUAUUAAAUUUUCAGAUGUAGGGAGACCUUGGCUUAGGCAUUGGGCGUUUAUCCCCCCCAUCCAGGGAUCUGGGGAACAUCAGGGUUAUCCAAACUGUGUGGGGAUUGGGCUGGCUCUGGAGAACAUUUGUUCAAGCAGAGAGGCCGCCCCACAAUUUGCCGCAAUGCAGGGGAGAGCACUGACAACGAAAUGGUGUAUGGCCAGUGACUCCCUUCCACACAACCCCUUUAACAGGGAACCCUGGGAUCGCUGCCGCGGGGGUUGGGGGGAUUGGGUCACUGCUUCACGCCCCCUGCCCAUUUAGGGAAGAGAGACUAAAGGAUUCCGCCCAAGGCCUGAAACUGCCAAAGUUGUGACGUUUUUGCUACGGGGAAGGCAAAACCUGCCAAUGCAGGGAAAUUCCUUCCCGGUCCUUCAACAGCAACCAUCAAUGACCACAGCAGCGCCUGCAUACCUGUAAAGAAGAGGUUAACCUGCAAAAGGAAUGUGUAAACUGAGGGAGGGCAGAGUGGGAGAAGCUCUGGAGCAGAUGGAGGACUUCCAGGUAAGUUCCACCCUCUAUUGUGUGUGCAGGGUGGUCCUAACCCUACCUGGUCAACUCCCCUGGCAACACCUCCCCAGCUGGGAUUGGCUAACUGUCCGAGGUUAGGCGGGAACCUCCAGGUAUCCAGCUUGGGGAGGCGAAGCCAGGCUGAACUGCCGGGUCGUGUAGGAUCAGGUGGCUGCGUGCAACUUGCAAAAGGCGCCCCCCAUCUGAGGUGGGCAGCGGUCAUUAUGGGGAAAGUAAUACAAAAAUGAAAGCAAAAGUUGUCAAGGAUGCUGCAAAGCAAGUCCCAUGAAGAGUAGGACUGAGGACCAGAUAAAGCUAACUGGAGGGCCACACUUGGCCCCUGGGCCCAAAGGUUCUUACCCCCAGCAUACAAGAUUUUCCUCUCAGACUUUUUUGCUUUUCAGAACCCUGGCUACUAUGAUCUUGAAGCUCGGGAUUUGGCAAUCUGGCAUGUCCCAAACAACACCCCCAUGAAGGAAUGGAUGGAUGCCGCCAUCUUGAGGUACCACACUGAAAAUGGAUUCUUGGCUGAAGAAGGAGGCAACCUUCUCAGGCUCUACCAGGUAAGCAUGGCUGCCUAGUGACUCAAUAUUUGGGCAUUGAUAGCUGUGACUAGUUUGGAGUACCUGGUGCCCUCUCCUUGUUUUGGGCUCCCAACGCCUAUCAGCUCAGCCCCAGGCAGCACGGCCAUUUUGGAUGACCCCCUGCAACUGCAUUGACAUUUUGUUUUUAAUUGGGAUAUCUAAUCACGUUAUAUCUGUUUUGGACCAAGUUAAAGGCCAGCAUAAGACAAAUGUGAUCCUUUUGUUUUUAUCUUCUCACAUUUGUUAUUAUUAAUUUAUUGCAUUUAUAUCCCACCUUUUUCUCCAAGGUGUUCAUGGUUCUUCCCCAUCUAAUUUAAUCCCCCAAACAACCCUGUGAGGUAGGUAAGGCUGAGAGGCAGCAACUGGUCCAGCAUCACUUUUUUGGAGGCCAGCAUAUAUGUUCUCAGACAGGCCUUUCUCAGCUCUUUUGGCAUUUCUUCUCUUUCCAGAAAUACCCAGUGACAUAUGGGAUUGGCACCUGCCCAGAUAACAACGGCCCAGCAGUUCCUGUCAUCUAUGAUACUGGCAAUGUGCAGCAGACGUCUUUCUUCUACUCCCCAAAUGCUCGAUGUACGUUUUAGUUCCGUGAAGCUAGUGCUCAGUGUCAGCGCAAAAAAACUCUCAUGGAGUUUGCUUGGAUGGCUUUGGUGGAGAAGCUAAAGCCUACCAAAGUAUCCAGCCCAAGACCUGAAACUUGAUUCUGAAGUAGGGUUGCAAGGUCAGGAGCAUCCCAGACCCUGAGAUUUCAGGGCCCAAUCCCGAGAAUUAGGAAUAGGCUCUGGUGAUGUCAUGGGGCGGACUUCAGAGAUUCUUUCUCUGUGCUCCCUCCCAACACUGAGUCCUGGAGAUGGAGGUUAAUUGGGAGAGAGGAGGAGGGAGCAGAGGAGGGCAGAUUCGCACUCCACUGAGAGUCUAUGCAAUAAUUUGCAUCUGGCUCCUGCCAGGCUGAAGCUUGCAAGCUGCAUUCUUUAUUAUUAUUACAGUGGUACCUCGGGUUACAUACGCUUCAGGUUACAGACUCUGCUAACCCAGAAAUAGUACCUCAGGUUAAGAACUUUGCUUCAGGAUGAGAACAGAAAUCGUGCGGCGGCAGCGGGAGGCCCCAUUAGCUAAAGUGGUGCUUCAGGUUAAGAACAGUUUCAGGUUAAGAACGGACCUCUGGGACGAAUUGAGUACUUAACCAGAGGCACCACUGUACUUGUGAACUGAACGCAUGUAGCCCUCCCAGUACAAACUAUUGUGUAAAUUGAGACUUUUAAUCUAGAUUGGAAGUGUGUGUGUCCCUUGAAGAAUAAAGGUGCGAUCCUAUACUUCCUUGCCUGGGAAUAAAUUCCAUUGAGCUCAGUGGACAGUUUCAGGUUAAGAACGGACCUCCAGAACGAAUUAAGUACUUAACCCGAGUUACCACUGUAUUAUUAUUAUUAUUAUUAUUAUUAUUAUUAUUAUUAUUAAUUGGCAUUCAUGCCCACCUGGAGCUUCUGUACCCCCUGCCCCACCUGGAGGCAGCCAGACAAACCUGGAGACUUAUUAUUAAUUGGCAUUAAUAAUAAUUAAUUAUUAUUAUUAAUUGGCAUUCAUGCCCACCUGGAGACUUCAGGCCAGCUCAGGAGGUCUGGCAACCCUGUUCUGAAUAAAAGAAAGAAUGAGUGAACCCACCCAUCCUCAUUCUGAACUUGAAUUUUAGCUGUUCAGUGGCAGGUGUGGUGGUAUCCCCCUGAGCUUCCUCCUGAGUGCCCUGUUGCUUCCCCUAUGCUUGGGACAGACCAUUGUGUCUUCUUCACCCUCCACAACUGCCUGAAAGUUAGCUGCCCUCAGGUCCACUGUUGCGAGUGCUAAAGUAAGACGCAGCUCCCAUUCCAGAAGGUAUCUGUAUAGGCUGAUACUCUUUCUUAAAAACUGGAGAUGCCAAGCACUGAACCUGGGGCCUUUUGCACCCUAGGCAGCUGCUCUGCACCUUGGUAUGCUGCCUCAGCUGAGCCGUGAGUACUGUGUUCAAAUUAACAGCUAGCAGCUGCCAAGCUCUUGGGAUAGAGGACAGUCUAUAUGCUGCAUACUCCAUAAUAUCCCUCUCUCCCGCCUCUGAUUUUGUUUUUCCAGCAAAGAUUGAACCUGGCUUCAUUCAGUUCCGGGUGUUUAAUAACGAGAAAGCUGCCAUGGCUCUGUGUGCUGGGGUUAAAGUCACAGGAUGCGACACAGAAUACGUGAGUGGCUUCUUCAAUUGCCAGCGUUGCAUAUCCUGGUCCCAACGCCCAGGCCGGCCCAACCAUUAGCCCUGCUGAGGCAGCCACCUCAAGCAGCAGGCUGGGGGUGGCUGGGCAGAGGGCAGCAGAUCCAAUAAGCCAGGCAGCAAAAUGUAUUGGGCCGGGCCGGCCCCUCAAUUUUUUUAGAUUGUGCAAUCAAAAUUCUGGCUUAUGUUUCUUUCUUUUCUUCCAGACCUGCGUUGGUGGCGGAGGGUAUUUUCCUGAAGGACAUCCGAGGCAGUGUGGCGACUAUACUGCCUUUGAUUGGAAUGGCUAUGGCGCACACAGUGGCUUUAGUGUCUCCAAAGAGUUACUGGAAUCUGCCAUGCUCCUUUUCUAUCACUAAGGCGAGGAAGGAGGUCAAAGUAAACAUGACGAUCCGAAUGCAGUUUGGCAUGAUUUUAUUUUUUUUCACGUAACAAGGCAUGUAAUAGAGCAGUCCCACUACCCCUGGUUCACAUAGUUUGGCUUUCACAACCCUUUAUUUUUUGAUGGGCACAAUCUGAACCCUGUAAUAAAUAAAAAAGAAUGGAAUUAUAUUUUUUGAUGUGACAAUAAUAUUAAAAAAUGAGUGAAUCUUAACUUACC